AGCUUCUUGCUUUUGAAAUUUGGAGAAGCAUGAAAUCCCAGCUUUUCUGCGUGCUUCUAGCCUCCAUUUAAUGAAAAUUGCCCAUUAUAUCUAUUUUAUCAUCAUAUUUUAACAAAAUUACAAUUAAACUACUAUAUAUACUGUUAAGAAUCCCUAAGUUUGUGUCUCCCUCUACCUCUCGAUUGCUCCAUUCUACUUUGCUGCCCAUCUUCCAUCAACUGCACUUCUCACCAAAUCCCUCAUCCUUGACUUUUUCGGCAUCCUCAUCUACCGAUUGCUUGUUGUACCCAUCUUCUCCAUUUGCCGAAUGCUCCAUCUUUUUUCCCUUUUUUUGAUUUUGCAUCUCCCUUUGUUGAUUGCUUGCUAUACCCAUCUUCCAUUUGCUGCACAACUGCACCAGAUCCCACUUCCAGCAUCCUCAUCCUCCUCAUCCCAGAUCCAGCGGGUAACCUCUCUUUUCUCAAACUUUUCUAACAAGUAAGUUCCUUUUUCUCAAACUUUUCAUCUUGGAGCUUGUGGGUUUAUUACUGCAUCUUUUUUUCCCCGUUUUGAUUUCUAUAAAGCAUGUCUUUUGCUUUCAAUUUCCAUGUCAAUUUCUUGGUUUUCUUCCUAUUCAUCAAUCUGCAUGCUAACUUCUCUACUAUUUGUCUUUCAAGCCAAAGCAAGCUAAGGCUGUCGUUCCUUUGCCUAUUCCACCUAUUACAAUUAAUUCUUUUCACUUGCUUUUCUCAUUCUAUUGUAUAAUUUCAUUACAAGUUGAGAUUUUCAAUUUUGGGAUUUUCAUUUUUUUUUUCCCAAAAUGAUCAUUGCUAUUGGGAGCUCUCGAAGGCUCAUCUCAGAUCAAUUUUACCAUUUCUUAUUGUUCUUUUUUGUUUUGUGAUUUCUUUGAUUUUAGAAUAAACAUGGAUUCAAUUGCUUUUAUGUCAGAAACUUAUCUUGGAGCUACUUCAGAAUGAAUUUGAUUGUCUCCUUGUCUUUGGUCACAAGUCUUCUUCAUGAUGAUGUCUUCGAUGGUGCUGAAAAAAGUACAAUGCUGUGGAUUAUUGAUGCUCUAUGAAGAAUGAGUAUUUCAUUUUUAGUUAAUAGAUGUUAUGAAUUGUUUUAUUUUGAGUAAGUAUAAUAUAUUUCUUUUUGCUUUCCUAUCACUUCUUAGUUAAUGAAUGUCGUGAUUAAUUGCUCUAUUUUUAGUUAAUGGGAUGUUGUGAAUUCUUUGUUGUCUUCUAGGUUUUUAGUUAUUCUAGUUUCCUUUGGAAAAUCACAAUGGCUAAGCUUGAUCAUGGUUUACUGAUUGUGUCCUUUAAGGAUCAUAGUGCUAUUGAAUUCAAGAGAAGCCAUAUGUUUCAAUUUGUUGUUGAGAAAGAAUAAAUUAAAGUUCAAUAU